AUGUUCCAGCCGAGAUGCGUCGCUAGAACAUCAACAUCUCCAGGGAGCAGUCUGUCGGGCGAUAAACAAGACCUUCGGGCUGCUUCGAGAGACACUUUCUUUCGGGGUAUACAAUGGAGUGCAGAUGGUACGAGUUUGAUAGCCAGCCAUGCUGACAAUUCAAUCCAGACGUUCAUUGUUCCGCCUGAUCUCUUAGAUGAGGCACCAGAGCCACAUCUUCUCGCUCCGUAUUGCACAAUCCCAGCCAGCGAUCCGGUCAAUGCGGUGGCAGGGUAUCCAUUCUUCAGCCUGGAGGAUCCAUCCACAACAUUGGUCUUGUCUUCAAUGAGAGAUCAUCCAAUACGACUGAAUUCGGCCUUGACGGGCCAGUUGGGCGCCUCUUACCCCUUGAUCAACCCAAUGACCGAAGCCUUCAUCAGUCCGCAUUCGCUCAUAUUCAAUCCUCAAGGUGAUCGUUUCAUUGCUGGCUCUGAUUCUCUUGUUUCUGUAUUUGAUGUCUCAAGGCCGGGUCAGGAGCCUAUUUCAGCUGUUCCCACCGGCCCAAAGAGAAGAAGCACCUCGGAUUAUAAUCCCGCCAUGAACAUGCGCGGGAUAGUCUCCACUUUGGCGGUUGAGCCUUCGACGGGUAUCUUGGCUGCAGGAACAUACAGCCGAAGUAUCGGAUUGUACGGCGCUGGAGGUCAAGGCGAAUGCAUCGGCGUGUUCUCCGUCAAAGGUACUGUUGCCGAUCCUCAUAUUGGUGGAAACGGAAUAACGCAGGUCCUAUGGAGUCCUUGUGGUCGAUACCUCUAUAUCGCGGAGAGGAAGAGCAAUGGCGUACUUGUGUAUGACAUCCGGAAGACAGGUCAACUAUUGGUAUGGCUCGAGGGUAGGAUGGCGCAAACAAACCAGAGACUGGGGAUCGAUCUGGUUGUGUCAGAUACUCCCGACUCCGCGGAAGUUUGGGCUGGGGGAGUUGAUGGAUGCAUCAGGAUGUGGAAGGACGUUCAGCAGCACGAAGGCGCAAUAUCUCCCACUUUUGAAUUUGAAGCGCAUCAUGAUGCCAUUUCAAGCACAGUCGUGCAUCAAACGGGCGGUGUUCUUGCCACAUGCUCUGGUCAGCGCCAUUUCGAGGGCGACUUUGAAGGCAUGGAGGCUGCUGCAAUGACUCACGACAAUACCCUGAAGCUCUGGGAACUGUAG